AUGCAUUCAUUGAGCUUUCUCAUCAUUACAUUAUCAUUAUAUUUUCAUGGCUGUUUUGCCGGUUUACUUUCCCAACCGGCGGAGCCAUUAAAACCCGGUGAUUAUCCUGGCAGUGGUAAUACAGUGCCUGCUUUUCCUGUCCAGAACGAGUCCCAGAUAUGCCGGCUGGACCUGUCAGCUGAGUUGUUCGGCGGCGUGAGUGCGGCUUGUGGAAGAAACCUCGACCGCAGCCGUUGCUGCCCAGUGCUGGCGGCGUGGCUCUUCGCAGCCCACGCCAGGUCGGCUCUGCAGCUGCCAUCUGCGGCGCCUCCGGCAAGUUCCGACAUGCCGAUGAUGCCGGACGAUUCGCAGAAGUGCGUCAAUUCACUCCAAAACUCGUUACAGAGCCGAAAUAUUCACAUCCCCCAGCCAAAUGCGUCGUGCGACGCCGUGUUGUGCUUCUGUGGCAUCCGGCUCCACCAAAUCACCUCUUUGAGCUGCCCCGCCGCGUUUAACAUUACCGGGAAUUACAGAAAUGUUACUCCCACUGCUGCUAUUAGGAAUUUGGAAUAUAAUUGCAAAAAUUCUUCUUAUGCUGGUUGUACUAGAUGCCUGGGUGCUCUUCAAAAGUUGACGGGUGAUGGUAAAAAUCGAAAAGAACUAGGCCGCGAAAACAGUGACCGUGCUAGCAAAAUGUUGAGUCGAGAUUGCCAAUUGAUGGGACUAACGUGGCUACUGGCACGUAACAAGACGGCGUACAUACCAACUGUCUCGGCCGCGUUGCGAGCUAUCAUGUACAGUGCACAUCCUCCCCACGAGUCCAAGUGCAGUCCCGAUCAGGAGAACAUGCCGUUGGCUGUCGACUCGCUACAGUUCGAUAAAUACGAUUCGUCAUCGUCAAGAUUAGCUAGUACAAAAUUUCGAGUUGCUAGGACUUUGAUUCAACUUUUGCUCUUAAUCAUUCUUGGAUUUCUUUUUGUGUAG